CUGAAUUGUCGUUGAGAUAUUUUUCAUUAUCUUUGAAAGUAAUUGAAAAUUUUAUGGAAAACGAGAAUGGCUUUAUUGAUCUCAACGGAUCAGAAUCAGAAUCACAAGUAUGGGUCCACGUUUUACCUAGCUUCAAGAAAGGAAAAGUAAUAUCCAUAUCCAAAAAAAUUCCACAAACUUGUUCCUUCAGCAGCUACCAACAACUGAAGGAAUACUGGAAAAAUAUGUAUGGCUACAAUCUACCAGAAAGUGAUGUUGGACUGAUUUAUUAUCAAGUGUGUUUUCCCUGGUCUGAACAAAGCUUCUACCACUAUCCUAGCUGUUGUGUGAAGUCUGUCCAACCCACACAGCUUUUCCCAGACAAUGGAGAACAUAUAACGAAGCAGUUCGUUCAAGAUCUCACUGAAAGAGUACCCAAUAUUUGUGGUUCGACGCUAAAAUUACAGGAACCAACCUCACGACCACCUUCAGAUAGCUGGCAAAAGAAUGAUCACAAGGAGAAUAUUUCAAACCAGUCAUCAUGGGUAGCACGGAGUACUAACAAAAUUUCGAAUAAAAAAUUUACACCAUGCAAUUCUCAGAGUAGUUCGAAUCCUGGCAACGAAUUGCCUGUUAAUUAUCUCGCCCAGAUUGAUGUAAAUUACCUCGGUGCUUUAACCACACUUUCAAAUAAUUCAGGCCCCUCGAGAUUGAUGCAUAAUGUAAUAAAAGAAAAAAACCUGAAGGAUGCUCUCAAUAUGAAACAAUUUCAGAGCACAGGUUUCACUGAUAAAAGAAUCCUAGCAGAUUGUUAUGAAAAGUUCUUUCCUCCAGAAAAGAAAUCAAAGAUUUCACCGCAUCCUUCCAAUUUGUGUAUUGAGGAACCGGGCUCUUUACGAUUAUCUGAUAACCAUAACAUAAAAGUGGAAACUAUGUGUUCAUCUGAAUUGAUCAAAUCUGAUUCUGAUAAAUCACAAUCAUUAAAUAAAAUUAGUGAAGAACUGGACGACGUAUCGUUAAAUUAUAUGCUACGUAAAAGAAGUAGCUUUGAUUUAAACGAUUUUUGUGCAGGAUUAGAUGAAAAGAAUUUACAUGUGGGGUUAGUGGAUGAGAAUAUUGCUUUGUGCACGGAGAAAAGUGACAUUGAUAAGAAUGAAGUUAAUGGACCCAAUAGUGUAUUGGAAGUGAAAAGCCAUUAUUUUACCGAUAUUCCUAAUGAAGUGCAGUGUAACAAGAGCAUAGAUUUGGUUUGCACUUCACUACAGGAGGACAAACAGUCUGGGAAAAUCAAACCGUUAUCAAAAUUGAAAUUUAAUCAGUUGUUUGGUAGGAAAGUAAAAACUCAAAGAACAUGUACAAUAAAUUCGAAAAAGCACAUGCAAAAAAGAAACUUUAAAACAAAUGAUAUCGACUCCUACUUUAGAGAGAAAAAGCAGGUAAAUGUAAGCCAUUUUGCGAAAGUGCCAAUAAAACCUUCAAUGCCGAAGCUUAUUCAAACGUGCUUGGCCAUUCAAAGUAGCGGAAAAAUAGAACUGUGUGGCGAAAUUAAGAAAGAAGGGCAAUAUACUAAAAUCUCAACACCCUGCCAAAAAGGAUUUACCGAAUAAUCUGCAAUUCAUUGUCAAUCGAUAUUUUUCAACAUGUUUUUUUUUAAGAUAAUAAUA